CGAUGAAACACACAUAGACGGUUACGAGCAUUUUUUUUUCUGUGUUUUUCCGAUCGGUUUGUUGUUUGUGUUAUAGUGAGGUAUCGCAAUAGUGUCCGUUUGUGUUGGAAAAUGAUAAGUCGCUUAUAGUGACCACGAGCGGACGACAACAGCACCAUGGCUGAGGAAAAGCAAGAAACGAGCGAAAAUAUAGAAGAAAACCCAUUGAAUAGUAGUGAAGUUAUUAAAUACAAAGAUAGAAAUUUUACAAAUAAACUAUGCUACAUAAGAGAACAUAUUACUGUAGAGCCUUUGUUAGCUGGCUUCAUUAUUCCUAGUGUUAUAUCAAGGUUCGCUAUGGGAAAUUUCAAUUUGGACAAAGCGUGUAGAGUUAAUUUGGGUUUUGGAGAUGAAAUUUGUGAGGCACUCGUGAAGAAAACCAGUAGCAAUUAUUCGAGCUACGAAAAGGAAGUGCAAACUUUAAUAUCAUCUAUUGACAUUUGGAAAGGAAUGAUAAGCACGCUGUUGCCAUGUAUAAUUAUCAUGUUUUUGGGGGCAUGGAGUGAUCGAACUGGGAAGAGGAAACUAUGUAUUCUGCUUCCUAUAUUUGGUGAAUUUGCAACAUCGAUCAACAAUAUUGUAAACGUGUUCUUUUUUUAUGAAAUCCCAGUUCAAGUCACCAUUUUUUUAGAAGUGUUCUUCACUGCUGUUAGCGGCGGAUGGGUCACUAUGUUUCUUGGAGUUUUUAGCUACAUUAGUGAUAUUACAUCGGAGAGAUCAAGAACAUUCAGAGUGGGAUUAGUCAACUUUUGUAUGACAGCUGGUGUGCCACUUGGUGUUGGAGUUGGAGGAGUUUUAGUUCAGAAAAUGGGCUAUUAUGGACUAUUUACAUCAACAUCAGUCAUGUUCGCUAUGGUGCUGAUGUAUGGGUGUUUCCUUUUAAAGGAACCAGAAGACUUCCUUCGCGAUAAAGGAAGACCGACGGUAGAGCGGACUAAUAGCAAGGAUGUCGCAUUUUUCGAUGCCAAUCAUAUUGUUGAUACAAUUGGGGUUGCGUUACGAAGAAGAGUCUCCAACACAAGGACUAAAGUUAUAUUGACGCUAGUCGCAGUGUUUCUGAUAUAUGGACCCUCAAUGUCGGAGCACAAUAUUUUGUACCUCUUCGUGAGAAACCAGUUGAACUGGAACAUGAUGAACUACAGCAUCUUUCUAAGCUACUCCAUAAUCCUUCACUCAAUAGGAGCUAUGUUUUCCAUAACAAUAUUGAGCAAGAAGCUUCAAGUAGAUGACUCACUGUUGUGUCUUAUAGCGAUGACCAGCAAGUUUGUUGGCGCCAUGUGGACAGCUUUUGUAAAAACUAAUCUCGAAAUGUACUUGAUACCCGUAGCUGAAUUCUUUACGGCAGCAACACUCACAUCAUUGAGGUCCAUACUAUCAAAAUUAGUUGAAAAAGAUGAAAUAGCUAAAGUGAACUCUUUGUUUUCGCUGACGGAAACGCUAGCAGCGCUGCUCUUCAACCCAUUGUACUCCUGGUUGUAUAUGAAAACCUUGAGUUCACUGCCUGGUGCCGUGUUUCUCACCAGUGCGGGUGUCAUCAUACCUGCCGCGAUCAUACUCCUAUCCUUCUUCAUACAACACAGAAUAGCGGUUAGAAAUGCACGAAAGAACGCUUUCGAGGCAGAAGAAAAGAAAGAAGCUGAAUCCAACAAACUUCCAGAUAAACGUUACUUGCCAGAAACAAUACAACCAUCACAACUAAAAGAGAAAACAAAAUUAUAGAGUAUGUAGGAAUUCAUUAAAGUAUUAUUAAAUUCAUCGGAUGUGUAUUUUAGCUUAAAAUAUAAGUGGUGUUUAAUGUCAAAAACAACAUAAUAUUUUGUCCUGUAUAAGUUUUAAUAAUAUUAAGUAGUUGUUCUGUAGAGAGACCAUUCCUUUAUCUGAUUAUAACUUUUGUUAUCUUAGUGACUAUGAUGAAAGGAUUGGUAUUUUCAAAUAUUAAAAAAUUCCAAUAUCGUUACUACAAGUCAUUGUACAACAAACAUUAACAUCUUUUACGAUUUUUUUUUUGAUAACGUUACCAAUUUGAGGAAAGCUUUUAAGGAUUGUUGAUAGAUUAACCAAAUAAUAACUAACUUCUUUCAAUUUGUGUCUAUAUUGUUGCAGAAUACAUUCUUAAUACAUUGAUAAGUACUUCGCAAUAUAUAUAUAACUAUGAACACUAAAGACAUUUAAAAAAAACUAUUUACAUUUAAGUACAGUACAUAUUAUGCAUGACUUUUUGCCAUCUUGUAGGUAGUGACAUGAUCCCGUUGCUGUAGAAAUUUUUGGGAAUUCUGAUCAAAACACGCACCAAGUAGUUUUGACAGUUCUCUCGUGAUGAUCUGACACUUGCAGUGUCAGGUUUUAACAGAAAUAGGAACAAUUGAAAAUUUGCUGGAAUGAAUAUGUUUUUAUUUUUAAACGAUUUCAAAAAAGGAGGACGUUCUCGAUUCGUCGGUAUGUUUUUUUUCGAUUCAGAACUAUCGAUUGGGUGAACCGAUUUUGAUAAUUCUUGAUUUAAAGCUGAUGCAUCCCGUUUGCGCCCAUUGAAAUUUGGUCCAGAUCUGACAAUGGCAUCUAUGAGGAAACCAUAAAAGUCUUAAAUUUGCUAUAAGUAUGUGUGCGACAACUUUACGAAUAAUUCAAUAGCAAUAUUCUUGUUAUUUUUGCAGUCGGUGUCACACAAGGCAGGUUUGUAACUACAUACAUAGUUAUAGGUGUGAUGUGCUUGAGUCGCACGCGCGACGUGAGGAGAUGAGACGCGAGAGCGGGGCCGCGGCGGGAGGACACCGAUUCCAAAAAUAACAAUAAUCGUAACUAGUAUUACAUUAAUUUAUUAGAUUGUACAAAAAUACGCAAUUAUUUUUAUACUUUUUAGUGCAUAGUAUAUCUAUUGUUUUUGAAGUUGGUUGUUCUUUGUUAAUUGUUUUUUUUUUUAACCUUUUUAAUAACAUUAAAACAAUUCAGACUAUGAGGCAAAGAGAUUUUAUUACAAGUUAAUACAUACUACAUGCGAAAAUAUUUUAUCUUACUAUUAUUAUAUUCGAUUCUCUGACUCAAUUUUAUUACGACAGAAAAUUCCUAAGUAAAUUCCUUUCUUCAACUAUUAGCAAAUUUUUCAAUUUUCAACUGUUUCAAAUUUUAUGUAUCUUUCUAUAUUGGACUACUCGAAUUUCUUGUUACUUUAAUUUAAGGCUAACAGGUCCUGCAGAACGCCCUCCAGCCAGUUUUGGCCUGUUUUGAUUCCAUCCACCACAAGGAUAUUUCCUAGGAGCCUUCAUAGUACUCUGUUUUAUUCAACAUACAGGUCAGAUAGUUUGUCACAUCUGAUGGCUUUUCGAAAAUCAACUGUGAAAGCUUCUUUGACUGGCCUGAGUAGUACAGUAAUAUUUUUGACGCAGGGCUUGAAGUUAAGACCAGGAGAUAAUUUCUACUGAUUUAUCGUUUUAGUCUUUCGAUUAUGGUAUAUUUAUAACCUGAGAACCAAUAUUUACAAUAACUAUUACGGCGUCUUUAACGUUAAUAGUCUAACCUGUAUGUAGAGAUUCAAGUUCCUUCAUAUAUUUCGUUUUGUUCAGACUAAUCUGUACGCGGGCUUCAGUCGAUACACAGGAUGGCUUAAGCUGUUUUCAUUGAUUGGAGAGUUUUACGACACGAUUGAAACCUCUGCAUAUCCGUAUGGCCUUACUUAUUUGUUGCAUUAUAAUAUGUUUCAUGAGGUUUCAAUAUUGGAGACCACGAUGUACUUGUCUUUGGCUAUGUCCAAUAAUCAGCAUGAAAAGUCACCCUGAUUAGUCACCCUGCGUAAGGCCGGCAUACAUUUAGAAAAAUUUGAAGUACGGUACACCGUACUUUUCUAAAAAAUCUUCUUAAUUUUUAUGAUCGAAGGUUUUGUUGGAUUUGUUUGGUGGGAAAUUAUUUUAAUUAUUUUUUAGAUUGUUUAACGGAGACUAUAGUUUAUGAUAAGCAAGAAAUUUGAAUACCAUAUGUAGAUUUUUUUUUUUGCAUUUUAAUUCUAUUUAUCUCUACGCUUUCUCAACGAGGAUUGUUCCAUAUCAACCUGCUGAUCUCCUUUUUCCAAGAUAUAUUUUUACCGAUUCUCGCCUGAUCUACCAUGAAAUAAAUAUUAUAUAUGAACGGCAACAGAAAAAUCGCAAGGAAGACCCAGGAAUGGAAAACAAAGAGUUAACCUUUUAUAAUAAUGAUAUUCAUAAUUUUGACUUGAAAACAUAACUGACGGAAAAUAUAACUUUGAAAAAGUCAAGAGUCAUAAUGUGCGUUAUUUAGUAAAUCAAUACGUAAAAAAAUUACGUAAAUACUGUUUGCAAUGAGAAAUAUUUUUUGCGUGUAUACCACGAAAAAUUAAAUCUUUUAUUGUAUUUAAUUAUGAUUGCAGUAUAAGCGGCUAUAACAUGACAUUAGCUUUGUUUUUUUAUUCAACAUACGUAAUUCAUAUUUUGUAAAGAAAAAAUAUAAUGGGUAAAAUACCAUAUAGCCCAAUAUACUCUUUAUCUAGAUGUGAAUCUAUAAUGUUAUCAUUGUUAUCGAUAGUGUUAUUAAGUUUUUUAAUUAUUGUUAUGAUUUUAUUGUAUGUUUGUUUGAAUUGUAAAUAAUUAUAUCGUUGAAUCAUGUUAACGAUGAUAUAUUUUCAUACUUAAUAUCUUAAAUAGUGAGAAUUUUUCUCUCGUUUUAAGACAGAUAAACGUAUUAUAUUAUGUAUUACUUUAGGCUCCCUUUUUGCUUAAUAUUAAAUAUAAAAUAUAUAAUAUGUAUGUAAUUCAAACGCUAUGUAUAAAUGAUUCAAUAUUAAGUAAUUAAUUGAAUAGUUAUUAUUUAAGAAAUUUUAAGUAUGACAAAACAGGCGUCCUCAGUUGCUGGUACAAAGCCAUCUAAUAUAUCAAGUGUAAAAUAUUAGUUAUUGUAAAGUCAAAUUUUAUGUCGAAAAUAAAAAGAGUUAGACAUUAAAGAUUUGAUAAUGUAUUUUUAUAUUUUGUUUUCCUAUGUAACCGUUAGUUCUAGUGGAGUUAUCAAUUAUUGUAUGCCCUUCUUUAUUCAUAUUGUUAUUUUAUAAUUAUUGUUAAAAAUAAAAUAGUAAUGGAAUGUGUUAGAAAACCAAUAAUUGACGAUGAAAAUAUGGUUUUAAUAUCAUACGUAAUAUUAUUAUCAUAAAUUUCUUUUUAAUUCAUACUGUAAGAGUAGGUAUAGCACAAUGUUCCUAAUUUUAUGUAAUUCUUGAAAAAAAAAUGCAAUGAUAAAAUAUAUAAAAUUGUAAUAAAA